CGCCCGCAGAGUAAAAUACGUGAACCAGGGACCAGUGAAAGGGUUCCCGGGACCCCCUUUCCCCCCCGCGCGGUGGGGCCGGGCAGUGCCGCGCCGCCCGCGCGGGGCCCUCCGACAGCUAUUUUGGAAGUGACCCCUCGGGCGGCCGGAGCGCGGGGCGGGCGCAGCGAGCCGGCGCAGCUGUCCGGAAUCAUGACUGAAGAUGACGGAUUCCGUGGUGGUGGAGGGUCACGUCAAGUUGAGAGACGGAAAAAAGUGGAAGAACAGGUGGCUGGUGCUGCGCAAGCCCUCCCCGGUGGCAGUUUUGCUUCUUUUAGACUGUUUGCUCAUGCUGGUGUACAAGGAUAAAUCUGAACGAGCAAAAGGGCACAAGGAGAGGAGCAGCAUGACCUUAGAAGACAUCUGUGGCUUGGAGCCUGGCCUCUCCUACGAGGGCCUGAACCACACACUGGCAAUCAUCUGUCUCUCUCAAGUUGUGAUGCUGGGAUUUGAGAACAAGGAAACAAUGUACGCAUGGGAUGUACGAAUACGCUACAGUUUGGGGGAAGUUCAUAGAUUUCAAGUCUUUGUAGCACCUGGCACCAAACUAGAGAGCGGGCCUGCUACCCUGCAUUUCUGCAAUGACAUUCUCGUCCUUGCAAAAGACCUUCCUCCCAGUGUCAUGGGGCAGUGGAAGCUCUCAGAUCUGCGCCGAUAUGGAGCUGUCCCAAACGGAUUCAUCUUUGAAGGGGGUACCAGGUGCGGCUUCUGGGCUGGUGUCUUCUUCCUCUCUUGCGCUGAAGGAGAGCAGAUCAGCUUUCUGUUCGACUGCAUCGUCCGCGGCAUCUCCCCGACGAAAGGCCCCUUUGGUUUGCGUCCAGUCCUACCAGAUCCAAGUACAAAUCCAGCCUAUUCAGAAGAAAGGUUGGCUCAUGAAGCUUUGCAAUUAGAAAAGCGCUUGAGCUUGCUGUCCCAUACAAGUCGCCAAGGCAGUGGAGGAGAUGACAGGAGUCUUUCAAGCUCGUCUUCAGACACCAGCCACUCGGACGUCAGUGUUGGGAGCAGAUUGACAGUGUGGCCUGAGCAGUCUUCAGCCAGCACCUCUCAAGAGAGCCAUGGACUGGCAGCUGCCAAGGGCAUUCAUCUUGGGGAAGAAAAGACCCUUCCAGAAGGGGCACGUGGCGCCACUAAACCACCUCCGAAACCCCUCCGAUCCAGACAACUGCAGGAAAUAGGUCGUCAGAGUUCUUCCGACAGUGGAAUAGCUACUGGUAGUCACUCUUCUUACUCUGGAAGCUUCUCUUCCUAUGCUGGGAGCUUGGACAUUUGCCACGGUGAUGAGUUUGGAUCAUUGCUAAGCUUGCCACUGAACUUCCCUUCAGAUCAGAGUUUAUGUACUUGUCCUCACAGCGAGUCCCAGAGAGGUGUGGGAUCAGAGUACCAGGUUCCCAGCUCUCUCAGACAUAUUUAUGAUAUACCCAGGAGCGUGUUACAGGCAGCUUCUAAAGAUGUGCAACAGAAGAGUGCAGACUCUACGCUACCCAAGGACCAGGCCCUGCCACCUCAAGGUGCUAGUGACCCAAAACUGAGACUACCACACUUGGAAGCACGGAGGGCACCUGAGCACAGCCAGGACAGGGGCAGGCCUUCAUCCUUACUUGCAGAAAGCAGCAAGGACUCAAGUGAUGAGACAUAUGUGGAUUUUGUUUCAAGGUGGUCAGACACAAAACCACAAGGACAGGUGUCAGACUCCAAAAGUAGUGAGUUGUCACCACCUGGUGGGGCCUCAGCUGACCCCUGUGACACAUGUAGCCCCCACCUUGGGAUGACAAGAGCUCUUUUUUCAGCUUGCCCAAUCUGUGGUGGACUAAAGGGAACAGCAGUAUUACAGUCUGGAGUCUUACCAGCUACAUCAGGUGGUGCUUCAGUCAUGGCAGCUUCUGGGUCUUUGAAAGUGCACAGAGGGCACAGUCUCCAAGCUGGUCCUAAAGGUGGAUAUGAGAUGCUAACACUUCCUUCAGAACCUGGAACUCCCACUGGCUCUGAGGAACUUGAAGGGGCAGUAGGUUAUUCAGCUGAUGUCCCUACAUCAGAUCGACCCCACAGUGAGACAGCCACCUAUGUUAAUAUUCCUGUCAGCCCUACUUCCAAAAAACAGCUUCAUUACAUGGAACUGGAACUUCAAGAACCUAGCACAAGCAUAAGAGGGAGUGGAUCAUCCCGGUAUGCACAGAUUGACAUUGCAGCCACUGAGACAGCCCACAAAGUGGGGACGCAGCACGCCCAGUGCCGGGAGGAACGCUUGCAGGAGCUGGAGCAGAAGAAGAAAGGGGCCCAGCAGUGACUUGUCUAGGAAAGAACUUUUUGCUCACCACAAAUUGAUACUAAUUCGUCUUCCAAAAGAUUCAGACUAAUUGUAAAAAAUGGUCACACAAAAUGCUGCCAUUGCUUCUUGCAUUUAUACCAGAUUCAUUCCGAUAUCUUCAUUCAUAAUUGGAAAGCUGGUAGCAUGAGGGGUUUGCUUGGUCUUUCUUUUUAUUCUAAUUUGGUUAUAAAGUCCAGAUAUUUUUUUUUCAUAUGCAAUGACAGAUGUAAGUUACCUUUUUCUAUAAUUCUAAAAUCAUGGAGAACCUGGAACCAAUUUCAGUAUUUAUUAAAUGGUGGCAUUUUCUUUAAAAAUGAAGAACUUGAAUGUG